AUGGGUCCUUAUACAGUUCUUACCAAAGAUGAGGAGGAUUUAUUAGUACAUUGGGUUUGUACUAUGGCUAAGGUCGGAUUCCCCAUAACAAAACUCAAACUUCUGGACAGUGUGCAGCACCUGAUUGAACAACUGAAAUGUAAAAAUCCCUUUGUUUUUAAUCACCCAGGGAAAACUUGGUACAGUGCUUUUCUGAAGCGACAUCCCAAUAUUGGGAUUAGAAUGUCACAAAAUCUGACAUCAAGCACGGCAGGAGUAAAGCCAGAAGCUAUAAGAAGCUGGUUUGAGAUAGAUAAAUAUUUAACAGAGAACACUUUUAGGUCAAUCCUUCAAAGUUCCACAAGAGUUUUUAAUUUAGAUGAGACUGCUUUCUUUCUGAACCCCAAAGGAAACAAAGUGUUGGCCCUGAAAGGAGAAAAAAAAGUGUACCAAAUACCACAGGAAGUAGCGGAGAGUGUACCAAAACAUUGGAGAAUAGGUAAAUCUAAAACAGGUUGGAUGACAGGUCCAUUAUUCUUUGAAUUUAUAACAAAUGUUUUCCUUCCUUACCUUCUAGAAAAGAAACUACCACUUCCAGAAAGUUUGAAAAUCAAGGUACAUCAGUGGAGAUUGGAACAUUUGGAUCAACCAGUGCUUAAGAAGAUCCAUUUUGCACCCUUACUGGAACAAACUUUGGAUGAGUUCAUUAAACCUUCUGUCCUGCAGAAUGGAUUCAGGAGAACUGGACUUGUUCCAUGGAAUCCAGAGGCUGUAGACUACUCAAAAAUUCCAUCAGUGAGUGAUGAUGUUAUAAUUACUUCUCACAGAACUGCCACUUCUGAAAAAUUAAACUUAAGAGUUGGAUUAGAGUCUACAAGUGAUGUGUGGGGAGGAAAUAUAAAUGACCAGUCUUUGGUUUUGCUUUGGAGGGAAAUUAAAAAUGAUUGUCACAAUUCUAUCCUUUCCCAGUCUGUUGAUGACACACAUAACUGUGUGGCAAAUCAAAAUGAAAAAGUGGAGGAAGGAAAUGUCCAUCCAGAUGAAAAACAAAAUAAGGAAGUAAUCGAAAGUAAAAAACAGGAAGACAUGAAAAGCUUGGCAGGCAACAACCAAAAUAAAGAAAGACAGGAGACUAAUGUAACAGACCAGUGUGUCACGCCCAAGAAUUCAAUGAAAAAUUCUGAUUUUCCUCAGUGUGCUUCUAUUGGAAAUAUUAAUAGGAAAUCAGGGGACCCACUAAUCCCCUCCCCAUUCAAACGUGCAUUAUUUUGGCUACAGAAUACAGAAAAACAAGGGAAAAGAAGAUUAAGAGAAAAACUUCCAAGUGUUGUGACAUCCAACCAGUGGCAGGAAUAUCAUCAUAAGAAGGAACAACUGAAGCCAAAGAGAAAGACUAAAAUCUGA